AUGUCGUCACUUACAGCUCCAGCUGUAUUUCAGCAAACUGGUACUCCUUCAGCCAGCAUCAGAGAGGUGAUGAAACUGCCGAGCAUCGAACUUCCAAAAUUCAAGGGAAAUGUGCGCGAGUGGCUGCCAUUUUGGAGCCAGUUUCGGAAAAUCCACGACGAUCUAAGUGUGAGACGUGAGGACAAGUUCCAAUACAUGAUUCAAGCAACCGUGCCGGAUUCUCGUGCUAAUGAACUCGUUAAUAGUUUUCCACCAACCGCUGAGAACUAUGAUAAAGUUAUAACGUGUCUGAAAAAUCGUUUCGGACGAGAUGAUUUGGUGGUAGAAUUUUACGUGCGCGAGCUGUUAGGACUCGUGCUCCAGAACGCUGUAAAUAAUAAUAAGAAGACAUCAGUGGUUGCGCUAUAUGAUAAAGUUGAAUCAUAUAUUCGAGCACUCGGUACAUUAGGCGUGACGACUGACAAGUGUGCUGCAAUGCUUUACCCCCUAGUAGAGUCGUCUUUGCCAGAAGAGGUGUUACGUGCGUGGCAGCGGAGUGGGGUUCGAGAGAUAGCUGACAUCAAUGGACAACAAGAACCAAAAGAUCGUCUAACCAAACUCCUUGAAUUCCUGCAAACAGAAGUCGAAAACGAGGAACGAAUCGACAUGACGUUGACCGGAUUUGGACUAUCAGCCGAACAGGAGAAGGGUAAAAGAAAUCGAGGUAAGAAUGAUUUUAAAGAUGUCGCUACGGCGAGUGUACUUUUUGUAUCUGAAGAGAAUAAAGUUGUUAAUUGUAUUUUUUGUAAAUCGAAUCACGAGAGUCGCGAAUGUGAGGAAGCGCAAAAACUUAAUUUAUCGGAACGGUCAGAAGUUGUAAAAAAGAAAAGAUAA